UCGGAGCCGUCACCCCGGGCGGGGACCGAGCGCAGACGACUCCGCGCGGCGGCCCGGCCGAGGGAGGGAGCGAGCGAGCGGGCGCGCGAGCGAGAGAGCCGGCCCGGAGCAGCCGCUGGCGCCCGAGGGGCCGAGCGAGGUUAUAAGCCAUGGCUGUGUGGAUACAAGCCCAGCAGCUGCAAGGAGAUGCCCUUCACCAGAUGCAAGCGCUGUACGGCCAGCACUUCCCCAUCGAGGUGCGCCACUACCUGUCUCAGUGGAUUGAAAGCCAAGCCUGGGACUCAAUAGAUCUUGAUAAUCCACAGGAGAAUAUUAAGGCCACCCAGCUCCUGGAGGGCCUGGUGCAAGAGCUGCAGAAGAAGGCGGAGCAUCAGGUGGGGGAAGAUGGGUUUUUACUGAAGAUCAAGCUGGGCCACUAUGCCACCCAGCUCCAGAACACGUACGACCGCUGUCCCAUGGAGCUGGUGCGCUGCAUCCGGCACAUUCUGUACAAUGAACAGAGGCUGGUCCGGGAAGCCAACAAUGGUAGUUCUCCCGCUGGGACCCUGGCCGACGCCAUGUCCCAGAAGCACCUUCAGAUCAACCAGACGUUCGAGGAGCUGCGGCUGGUCACGCAGGACACGGAGAACGAGCUGAAGAAGCUGCAGCAGACUCAGGAGUACUUCAUCAUCCAGUACCAGGAGAGCCUGAGGAUCCAAGCUCAGUUUGCCCAGCUGGCCCAGCUGAACCCCCAGGAGCGGCUGAGCAGGGAGACGACCCUGCAGCAGAAGCAGGUGUCCCUGGAGGCCUGGCUGCAGCGCGAGGCCCAGACACUGCAGCAGUACCGCGUGGAGCUGGCCGAGAAGCACCAGAAGACCCUGCAACUGCUGCGGAAGCAGCAGACGAUCAUCCUGGACGACGAGCUGAUCCAGUGGAAGCGGCGGCAGCAGCUGGCCGGCAACGGAGGGCCCCCCGAGGGCAGCCUGGACGUGCUGCAGUCCUGGUGUGAGAAGUUGGCUGAGAUCAUCUGGCAGAACCGGCAGCAAAUCCGCAGAGCCGAGCACCUCUGCCAGCAGCUGCCCAUCCCCGGCCCCGUGGAGGAGAUGCUGGCCGAGGUCAACGCCACCAUCACGGACAUCAUCUCCGCCCUGGUGACCAGCACAUUCAUCAUCGAGAAGCAGCCCCCGCAGGUCCUGAAGACCCAGACCAAGUUCGCAGCCACUGUGCGCCUGCUGGUGGGCGGGAAGCUGAACGUGCACAUGAACCCCCCCCAGGUGAAGGCCACCAUCAUCAGUGAGCAGCAGGCCAAGUCCCUGCUCAAGAACGAGAACACCCGCAACGAGUGCAGCGGCGAGAUCCUGAACAACUGCUGUGUCAUGGAAUAUCACCAAGCCACCGGCACCCUCAGCGCCCACUUCAGGAACAUGUCCCUGAAACGAAUCAAGAGGUCCGACCGCCGUGGAGCAGAGUCAGUGACAGAAGAAAAAUUUACCAUCCUGUUUGAAUCACAGUUCAGUGUUGGGGGGAACGAGCUGGUGUUUCAGGUCAAGACCCUGUCACUCCCCGUGGUAGUGAUCGUUCAUGGCAGCCAGGACAACAACGCGACGGCCACCGUUCUCUGGGACAAUGCUUUUGCCGAGCCUGGCAGAGUGCCAUUUGCCGUGCCUGACAAAGUGCUGUGGCCGCAGCUGUGUGAAGCGCUCAACAUGAAAUUCAAGGCCGAGGUGCAGAGCAACCGGGGCCUGACCAAGGAGAACCUGGUGUUCCUGGCGCAGAAGCUGUUCAACAGCAGCAGCGGCCACCUGGAGGACUACAGCAGCAUGGCCGUGUCCUGGUCCCAGUUCAACAGGGAGAACUUGCCAGGACGAAAUUACACCUUCUGGCAGUGGUUUGACGGGGUGAUGGAGGUGUUGAAAAAGCAUCUCAAGCCUCAUUGGAACGAUGGGGCGAUUCUGGGUUUUGUGAACAAGCAACAGGCCCACGACUUACUCAUCAACAAGCCAGAUGGGACCUUCCUCCUGAGGUUCAGUGACUCGGAAAUCGGUGGCAUCACCAUUGCUUGGAAGUUUGAUUCUCAGGAAAGAAUGUUUUGGAAUCUGAUGCCAUUUACUACCAGAGACUUCUCCAUCCGGUCCCUGGCCGACCGCCUGGGGGACUUGAAUUACCUUAUAUAUGUGUUUCCUGAUCGGCCAAAAGACGAAGUGUACUCAAAGUAUUACACGCCCGUUCCCUGCGAGCCUGCCACCGCUAAGGCGGUGGACGGGUACGUGAAGCCGCAGAUCAAGCAAGUGGUCCCUGAGUUUGCCAACGCGUCUGGAGAGGGGGGGGCCAGCGCCACCUACAUGGACCAGGCCCCCUCCCCGGCUGUGUGUCCCCAGACGCACUACAACAUGUACCCACAGAACCCUGACUCCGUCCUUGACACCGAUGGGGAUUUCGACCUGGAAGACACGAUGGAUGUGGCGCGCCGCGUGGAGGAGCUCCUGGGCCGCCCCAUGGACAGUCAGUGGAUCCCCCACGCGCAGUCGUGACCCGCCCGCCCUCGCCGCCACAGCCGUCGUCCUCACCGGAGGAGGCCCUCUUGUGGAUGUUUUAAUUCCAUGAAUCGCUUCUCUUUGGAAACAAUACUCAUAAUGUGAAGUGUCCGUCCUCGUUG